GUCUGAAAUGUCUGCAGAGGGCCUGGUGCCUGCCCCAGCCCCAGCCCCGGGUAAAUGAGAACCAGGCUUGUGGGGAGGGCAGUUCCCCUUCCCGUGGGGCUGCUGAUGGGACAACCCCAUGAGGGGAAGGACCCAGCCUCCAAGUGGCCACACCUUGUGUGUCUCUCUGUCCUGCAGACACUGUGGUCUCAUCCAUCGGCACAGCGAGGUCCAGUAGGAGGAGACGCCAUGACCCCCACCCUCACGGCCCUGCUCUGCCUCGGGACCCUCCCCAAACCCACCCUCUGGGCUGAGCCAGCCUCUGUGAUAAUGGGAGCCCUUGCCAUGUGGUGUCAGGGGACCCUGGACGCUAAGGAGUACCGUCUGGAUAAAGAGGGAAGAUCAGGACCCUGGGACACAGAGACACCAAUGAAGCCUGAUUACAAGACCAAGUUCAACAUCCCACACAUGACUGAGCACUAUGCAGGGCGAUAUCGCUGUUACUAUUACAGCCCUGCUGGGUGGUCAAAGCCCAGUGAACCCCUGGAGCUGGUGGUGACAGGAUUCUAUGGCAAACCCACCCUGUCAGCCCUGCCAAGCCCUGUCGUGACCUCAGGAGGGAACGUGACCCUCCAGUGUGGCUCAUGGUUGAGAUUCGACGUGUUCAUUCUGAUUCAGGAAGGAGAACAAAAGCUCACCUGGACCCAGGACUCACAGCAAACCUCCUCUGUGUGGUCCCAGGCCCUGUUCCCUGUGAGCCCUGUGACCCCCAGCCACAGGUGGAUGUUCAGAUGCUAUGGCUGUUAUAGGAACUCCUCACAGGUGUGGUUAGUUCCCAGUGACCCCCUGGAGCUCCUGGUGUCAGGAUCAGCUGAGACCAUCAGCCCCUCACAAAACAAGUCAUAUCCCACAACCCCGCACCCCCAGGAUUACACAGUGGAGAAUCUCGUCCGCAUGGGCCUGGCUGGCUUGAUCCUGGUGGCCCUCGGGAUUCUGCUGUUUGAGGAUUGGCACAGCCGGAGAAGACACCAGGAUGCAGCCGGGAGGUAAACUCCAGAG